AUGGGUCGGGGCCUGAAGGCGCUGAAGAACCCAAAGGGAGGGGCUGGGUUUGGGAGGAACUCUCUAGAGAAGCCUGGGCCUGAGCAGACAUUCUUCCGCAACCGUCUCCAUGGCCCUGAGGAAGCCUUGAAUGAGGUGACAGGAACUCCCUCGAAAGGCUUUGAUGAGAAGGCCUACCUGUCGGCCAAGCAGCUGAAGGCCGGAGAGGACCCCUACAGGCAGCACGCCUUCAACCAGCUGGAGAGUGACAAGUUGAGCCCGGACCGGCCCAUCCGGGACACCCGCCAUUACAGCUGCCCGUCUGUGUCCUACUCCUCGGACCUGCCGGCCACCAGCGUCAUCAUCACCUUCCACAAUGAGGCCCGCUCCACCCUGCUGCGCACGGUGAAGAGUGUCCUGAACCGAACUCCUGCCAACUUGAUCCAGGAGAUCAUUUUAGUGGAUGACUUCAGUUCAGAUCCGGAAGACUGUCUACUCCUGACCAGGAUCCCCAAGGUCAAGUGCCUGCGCAAUGACCGGCGAGAAGGGCUGAUCCGGUCCCGAGUGCGUGGGGCGGAUGUGGCUGCAGCUACCGUCCUCACAUUUCUGGAUAGUCACUGCGAAGCGAACACCGAGUGGCUGCCGCCCAUGCUGCAGCGGGUGAAGGAGGACCACACCCGUGUAGUGAGUCCCAUCAUUGAUGUCAUCAGUCUAGAUAAUUUUGCCUACCUUGCAGCAUCUGCUGACCUUCGUGGAGGGUUCGACUGGAGCCUGCAUUUCAAGUGGGAGCAGAUCCCUCUUGAGCAGAAGAUGACCCGGACAGACCCCACCAGGCCCAUAAGGACGCCUGUCAUAGCUGGAGGAAUCUUCGUGAUUGACAAGUCCUGGUUUAACCACCUGGGAAAGUAUGAUGCCCAGAUGGACAUCUGGGGAGGAGAGAAUUUUGAGCUCUCCUUCAGGGUGUGGAUGUGUGGUGGCAGUCUGGAGAUCGUGCCCUGCAGCCGGGUGGGCCAUGUCUUCAGGAAACGACACCCCUACAACUUCCCUGAGGGUAAUGCCCUCACCUACAUCAGGAACACCAAGCGCACUGCAGAAGUGUGGAUGGAUGAAUACAAGCAGUACUACUAUGAGGCCCGGCCCUCGGCCAUCGGGAAAGCUUUCGGCAGUGUGGCGACGCGGAUAGAGCAGAGGAAGAAGAUGAACUGCAAGUCCUUCCGCUGGUACCUGGAGAACGUCUACCCAGAGCUCACGAUCCCUGUGAAGGAAGCGCUCCCUGGCAUCAUUAAGCAGGGGCCGAACUGCUUAGAAUCUCAGGGCCAGAACACAGCUGGUGACUUCCUGCUUGGAAUGGGGAUCUGCAGAGGGUCUGCCAAGAACCCCCAGCCCGCCCAGGCAUGGCUGUUCAGUGACCACCUUAUCCAGCAGCAGGGGAAGUGCCUGGCUGCCACCUCCACCUUAAUGUCUUCCCCCGGAUCCCCGGUCAUACUGCAGAUGUGCAACCCUAGAGAAGGCAAGCAAAAAUGGAGGAGAAAAGGAUCUUUCAUCCAGCAUUCAGUCAGUGGCCUCUGCCUGGAGACGAAGCCUGCCCAGCUGGUGACCAGCAAGUGUCAGGCUGACGCCCAGGCCCAGCAGUGGCAGCUGUUGCCACACACAUGACGGAGGGAUUUUCUUGAAGUGUCAGCUAUUGCACUGGGCUGGGAGCCUGGCUGUGGCUCCUGUUUGUGUAGAGAACUCCCAGUUCCUUUUCACAGCCACUGAGAACACAUUCACACAUCUAUCCCAUGGCCUAGUCUUGGAACUGCUCCUGCUAUCCCUGCGCCCUGCUUCCCUUGCCCCACUGGCUCUUGGGCAAAGGAUUGUUGGUACCAGGACCCUGGGGGUCUCCCCUACAAAGCAGACCAGCCUGGGGCAGAUAUACCUACCACAGGAGCCCCCUGUCUUUCAUAGGCCAAGGAUCCACACACCUGUAGAGUUCAUGGAUUCCAGAAGGUCUAGGAAUCUCCUGAAAUUGUCCCUAAAAUACUGCAUGUGUGUGCAUACAUGCAUUUUCCUGGGGAAAGAGUCCAUGGCUUCUAAAAGAGGUCCCUGAUCCCCAAAGGGCCUGAACCUCUGCUCUGGAUUGAAGCCACUGCCUGCCCAAGCUGCCACCCCCUAAUCUUCCUCCCUGGUGUGCUCAAACUGCCAUCGCCUGCUCCCUCCACGCGGCCCUUGGGGUCGGCAGCCGAGUGUGUGUGGUCCGCAGCACCUGCUCUGGAGGGCUCUCCAGCGGUUUCGCCUCCUGACUCUCACCAGCGUCCUCUCAGCAGCGCUCCCAUGCCCAAGUGCACACCCCUGGACUUGCCAGUGCAGGGCCCUUCGCCCCCAGGGCCACGCUUUGCCCGUCCUCUGUUGUGAUGUUUCUUCCACAGCCAGGUGCAGCCUCAGAUCCCCUGUUCAUCUGGGAAGCCUCCAGCCACAGCUUAGGACAGAACCGGGCCCAGGAAAAAGGCCUCUCCCCAGAGGAUGGACUAGAAGGCCUGGGCCACACUCGGGCAUGGACCUUUGGGGCUGGGGAGCGGGGGCUUCUCCUCUUGAAUAUAAGAGGACUGCUGGCCAGGGGGCCUUCAAAAGGGUCUCUCCUUUGCUGUGGUCAGAUCAGGCUCUGCACUUAUCAGCCAGUCCCUUGUGGCAACUCAGCCCUAUUCUGUUUUUGCUUUUCCUCUUCUUGACCAAAGCAUGUGCCACUAGCUGUCCUUGAGGACCUCGUCUUUAUGAAACACACACCUGGAAUAAAACCACUUCUUACAUGUCCACA